AUGCAAAAAUACUUAUUGGAUAAUCUGCCACUUUCUUUACAAGAGAGAAACUUGCUGUAUGCAAAUGGAUAAUAGGUGUAUGAUUAAGUGAUUAGGGAUGGAGGCUUUGUGAAGGUAUUUAUUUAAUUUUACAAAAAUAGGUUUAUUGUCAAAGAGAUCUGCCUGCAUAUUUAAAAGAGGAUGAUUGGGUGACCUUUUAUCAAAGCAAGGUGAUUGCCUAUGAAUACAAAUCGAUGGUUGAUGGUUCUUGCAUCGGAAAACCUUACUAUUAUAAUUUUAGUGAAAUGUUAAAAAUCUAUGAAGAGAAGUCUUUAUCUUGGUUAAAACAUCAAAUUAGCAUUCUCACAAUAGACCCAAAAGCAUUAGAGAUGAUAAAUGUGUUUUUUAAUUUCGAAGCUCUUAAAUAAAAUCAUGGAAAUUAAUAUACUGACAUCAGAGUGUAACAACCAGGAUAUGAUUCAUUUUCACCAUGUAGAAUAAAUUAACAAUUGGAGGGAAUGAAGAUUAUGGAUUAUAUAGAUUAUCUCAAUGAUCCAACAAAAUUCAUAAGAAAAGAAGGAUUGCAAGCAGAUCAGCGUUUGUUUGCUGUCAAUGUGAAUAUGCAAGGUUGGGAUAAGGAGAUAAACCACUUGAAAUAGUUCUUACCAAAGUGUUUGAGACCUCAGGGUGAAAAUGACGGAUUAAGUUACUUAAGAUAGGAGAUUGAUGGUGUCAAUAUACCGUAAAUAUAUAUAAAAACAGAUGGAGUGUGGACAGGAGGACAUUAAGAAAACCUGAGUGUUAAUGCUAUCAAUAUCAAUCAUGGACCUGCAGAUUGUGUUUGGAUUACAGUGGAUAAUGAACAUGUGUAAAGAUUAAGAUAAAAAGUCAUAGAAUUAUUUGAAACUGAUAUUUUUAAGAAUGAAGGAUUGUGGUUUAAAGAACCUGAAUUCUUUUUGAAAAAUGGAAUACCAUUUCGAUACACCUUGUAAAAGAAAGGAGACGUAGUUAUAUUGGGUGCGGGCUGUUUGCAUUGGGUAAAGUCCUUAGGACAAACAAUUAAUACAGCUUGGAAUCAGGUGGCUUUAGAUGAUAUGACACUUGAAGCCAUGAGUGAAAGACAUAAGUUAAAUAAAGAAAUCAAUUACAGGACUGUUAUUCCAUAUAAGAAUCUAAUGUUAGACUUAUAUAUACAUGAAAAAUCUUUAUCUUAAAUGACAAUUGAAAGAAUUUAAUUAGAACUUUAAAAUUUCUUUGAUUAGGAAAACAGAAAAUUACACCUUAUAGAUCCCCCAUCAUCUUAAUUGGUUGAAUGUUGUAAAGAGGUUUAAUUAUGUUCCAAAUGUGAACAUGAGAUAUUCUUAUACUUUUAUCAUGACAAUGAGGAGUAUUUGUGUUUAGAGUGUGUAAUAAAUAAACCCAAUCAUAAGAGUUUACCAAUUUCUAUGAAAUACAGAUAUCAUUGCUUUUAUUACUUAUUAUAGGCACAGCCAUCUAAUUGCAACUAAGAAUUCUGUUGUCCUUACACUGGAAAAACUAAAUGUACUAUAUAACAGGAAUUGAAGCCAGCACAAUUCAAACACAAAGGAUAACCAAAAUUAAAUUCAAUGUUACAUGGAACAGACAAAAUGAAGAAAAAGAAAUUUGAUAGAAUGGAUUAUGAAAUAGAUGCAAAAACAUCCAUCUAUAAUGAUAAGUAAAAGACAAGGGGCAGAAAACAAUCCAUCGACAAAUCAUAGCCAGCAAUCAAACGAACUAGAAAUUAUUGA